AUGGAGGAGACACAGCCCCUCGAGACACAGGCCGCGACCCAGCUCGUGUCCCAGACCGAACAUCCGGCCGACGACGACUUGUGGGGCGUCCUCAUCCCCUGCAAUGCCGCGAAUCCGCACAUCAAGCGCGUCGACCUCUUCAAGGGCCAGCGCACGUACCGCAUCGGGCGCAAGUCCCUCAACGACGUCGUGCUCGACAGAGGCUCCCGGGCCAUCAGCGGCGCUCAUUGCUCGAUCGAGUGGGACGGGGACCCCUCCGCGCAAGCCGCGGUCAAGAUCAACGGAAAACGGAUCGAGACGAACAGCGCGAUGCUCCUCCACGAUGGGAACGAGCUCCGGCUCGGCACCGCCCAGGCGCCCCCGCGCGCCCACGAAGACUUCGGGUACAUCUUCAGGCUGAAGGUGGGCGCGAACACGGCGACGAGCGUCGAGAGCAGGUACGACCUACAUUGCUUGCUUGGAUCGGGCUCGUUCGCGCGGGUCAUGAAGGCGCUCCACCGGGAGGAGAACAAGUGGUAUGCGGUCAAGAUCAUUCAGGCGGAGAUCCUGCGCAAGAUCGCGUCGCCGGCGGACCGCAGGCGGGCGAAGAGCAAGGACGACGGCGUGGCCGGGGCCCGGGACACCGAACCCAAAGAAGGUGCCGUGGAAGGCGGGGCCAACGACGGCGCGCCAGCUGGGGAGGACACGGACCCGAUGGCGAAGUUACCGCCGAACUUCCGGAGGGAGAUCGAGAUCCUGAGUCAGAUGAAGCACCCACGCAUAUGCGAAUUCAAGGAGGUCUUUUUUGAGAGCAAUAGCUUGAGUCUGGUGAUGGAACUCGUCUCUGGCGGAGACUUGCUCAAGUACAUCACCAACACAGACCGUGGGCUGCCGGAGGCCGAAACGCAGCGGAUCACGUACCAGAUCUGCGACGCCCUUUCCUACGUGCACGAGCAAGGGAUCGUCCACCGCGACCUGAAGCCGGAGAACAUCCUCUUGACCAGCGAGGACCCGCCCAACGUGAAGAUUGCCGACUUUGGGCUAGCGAAGGCGAUGGAUUCCGAGACGAUCCUCAAGACGUUCUGCGGCACCCCCAUAUACCUUGCGCCGGAAGUGGCCGUGCACGACGCGUUCCCCACACCGGACGGGUAUUCGAACCUGGUCGACAGCUGGAGCGUCGGCGUGAUCGUCUUUGCCAUGCUCACGCAGGGCACCCCGUUCGAGGAAGACCCGCCGAACGUCGACAUCCAUACGAUCAUCAUGUCCCGCCAGGUGCAGUGGAAGCUGCUGUACGAGUGCGACGUGAGCGAGCAGGCGGAGCGGUUCAUCCGGGCGCUCCUCGCGUCUUCGCCGACCAAGCGCAUGUCGCUCACCAGCGCGCUGGACCACCCAUGGCUCGCGAUCGAGGUCGAGGUCGAAGGCGCGCCCCGGCGGCUCCCGCGACCCCGCCCGCGCUCCACGCGCUCCCCUCUUUCCCCUCUGUCUCGGACGGCGCGGCGGCUGCCCGGGACGGCGUCGCUGCUCCGCAUGGACGGCGAGCAGGACGCGUCGAUGCGCUCCGUGGCGGGCUCGUGCAUGUCCCUCGACGACCCGAGCAUCAUCCUCGCCGUGUACCCGCCCUCGCCCGAGCGCGCCGCGACCCCGGUGCGCGAUGCCGACGACGGGGUCAAGGACGGCCACGUGCUCUCGAGCCCGCGCGGCAAGCUCCAGCGGCGGUCGGAGGUGCUGUCGCGGGCGCGGCAGACGGGCGAGGAGCUGCCGGCGCCGUCGCAGGACAUGCGUGCGUGGGCGGCGGAGGCUCUGGGCGAGGUCGGUGGGGGGCUGGUGGAGGAGCCCGAGCCUCGCGCGAUGAAGGAGGCGACGCCGACACGAGAAAUCAAAACGCUCAAAGACGACACACCGGCCGAGAAAGCGGCGGCGUCGCCGAUGCGCCAGGGGGCGAAGCGCAAGUCGCUGUCGGAGGAGAGUGAGGACGAAGGCGAGGGAUACGCGGCGUCGCUGCCGCCGCAGACGCAGGAGCAGGAGGACUCGGAAGAGGAGUCGCCGCGCGUGGUGAAGCGGCCGCGGACGGAGCUGUCGGAGAUGUCUGUCGCGGACGUGGAGGGCACGGACUAG